UGAGUUAUCCCUGGAACAUUUCAUUCCAGCCCCCUCUGGGCCAGCAGGUCUCCACCACUAACCCUGCCUGGCCCAGGAGAUCUAAGGCUAGAUCCAAAGCUACAGGAAAGUUAAAAUCUAACAUUCCUCUCCCGCCCCCUCCCCAGGCUUGCAAACACAACGGGCAAGUCUGUCAAAUGAGCUGGCCACACCUAUGUUAGCUCCUUCCCUCUAGGCAGGUCGAUCAGUUACGAAUUCACCUGUCUCAGAGGUGGAGGCUGCAUCUGAAAGCCACGUCUGCUCCCAGCUGCGGUGGGUCAGCUGAAAGACCAAGAUGUCAUCCGCAGCCGCUUCAGUGUCCUUGCCUAGUGGCUGCUCUGUGCUGGCCACGUUUCCUGAUUUCCUCUUUAUCCCAGAAUUCGUCUUUGGCGGCCUUGUCUGGAUUCUGGUGGCCUCGACCCGUGUAGCUUCUGCAAUGAUCCAAGGCUGGGUGAUGUUUGUCUCCGUGUUCUGCUUCACUCUGUCAACGCUCCUCAUGUGCCUCUAUUUCUGCGGUGCGCACGGUGGGAAAUCGUCUUGGCUCGCAGUGGAUGCCUUCUACCAUUCAAUGGCUGCUCUGUUUUACCUGAGUGCUGCGGUUUUACAAGCCUUUGCCACCAUCCAGGCCAAAGACACGUUCUCAUUUAAAAUUUACCAGGAAGAUAUCUCAGCAGUGGUAUUCGCGUUUGCAGCCACCUUGACGUACGUGAUCCACAAAGCGUUCUCUCUGCUGCGAUGGAAAUCGUCAUAAAACCUCCAGCGCGGCCCCGAAGGAAUCCAGUUCGAGCAUCCUCCCCCGUUACUAGCUCAGCAGCAUGCGCCGUUGCCCAAUGACUCGUUGUACACUGGUAUGCACUGGUGUGCAGACUCCCCUACACUGCUUGGUACGUGGUGCCAUGACGAAGAUGACAAAAUCAGCCUGGAGACGCCUAUUUUUCAGCAAACCGGUUUCUUUUCGGUGUCUUGAAAGUCAGACUCAGGUCUGUGGUGGGGAUCCGCUUUGCUGAUCGGCUUUGUCCCCGCUCCCCGGGCCUGGGCCAGCUGCUGGCAUGAACCAAGGGCCUUUCUCAGCCCCUGCCAGGGAAGGAGGCCUCGAGCUUGGGUGGAACUUUGGUUUCCCAACAGUUCAGCCUCCGGAGGCCUGAGCACUGUGGGGUGCGUCUACAUGGCGCCAUUCCUUCGAAAUAACAGUGCGAGCGUCUCCACGGCCAUUUCGAAAUAACCGACGGCUUAGUCCGAAAUCUGUAAACCUCAUUCUACGAGGAAUAGCCCCUAUUCCGAACUAGGUAUUUCGAAAUAAGGCGUGUGGAGACGCUCCACUGCUGCUAUUUCGAAAUAGCCCCCACCAGGGCCUUUCUAAGUUAGCCUUCCCCAGUGCCUCCUGGGGCUCUAACUCGAGAUAGCACGUCCACAUCAGGAAAACCUGCCUCGGACUCAUUUUGAGGCUUCCCUGCAGUGUAGAUGUGCUAUUUCGACAUAAGCUAUUGCAGACUAAAUGUUCUGGAACAACUUAGUUCGAAAUAAGCGUGCAGUGUAGACGUACCCUGAGUCUAACUAAAGUCUUUGGGCUUAAUGUCAGGGCAUCGGGUGCAAGUUAAUUGGCCUGUGAAAUUCAGGGGGCUCAGAGCAGGUGAUUUUGGUCUAUUCUGGCC